GUCUGGCCAUCGCGGGCUCUUAGACAAUAAGCAUAAACUCAAGUAGGAAAUAUCAAGUAGUCUAUCAAUUGAGCCCUCGUGCAUGUAAAUGUGGAUGGCCACCACGCACUACGCAAAUUUAGAUAUUUAGUGAUGCGCACCGUACACAACCCGUGAAUAAAGUCCGUGACUAAAGUGCUUUAAACGUGGCCUUUAACAGCUUUUAGCACUUUAGUACUUUUAGUACUAUUAUUAAAAAAGUAAUUAAAAAAAUGAAAUAGAAUAUACAAAUUAUAAAGUGAAAGUUGAAUAAAGGGGAACUGCACUUUUUGGUGUGAUAAAAAUACAACAAUAAUAUCAAUAAACAUCAUCAAUAAACGUGUUUUAAAACACGUUUUGAGUUAACAAACAUAUCGCGAAGAAGCUAGUUCCUGACGGGGGCCCUCCAUAUAUAUAUAUGUACCAUCAUACAAGUUUGCUCGUGGUUUUAUUCUCGGGGUGUACAAAGUUUUUAAAAGUGUUAAUACGAAUGUAAGAAGCAAACAGGUUUCUCGAGUGUUAAUCAUAUAAUCACAAAUAAUUAAAUACAGGUGAAGAUGUGCUAAGGAAUACAUGGCAUUAAACAAAAAUUAACGUCAGUUUGAAACAUGCCGAAAACCGAAAUGACUAUUCAAGUUGGCAAAGAUGGCCAAAUGAAUAUAACUGAUGUUGCAACCAGCGCAAAGCAAAAUCUCAAUCAGCCGGCAAAUAAUACAGGUAGUACGUUUAAGAGCAUGCCUUGGGGUGAAAAAUGGUGUUAUAUCAAAGACUUGGUUACCGUGGAACCACUACUAAUGUUGUACAUAUUUGGAAACAUUCUGGUACUUCCAGCUUUCAAAAAUCUCAAGUUGCAGAAAGCUUGUCUUGUUGAUUCUGGGUUUGAAGACAUAAUUUGCCAAAGAAUCAUAGCGGGAGAAAGUGCAGAGUUUAAUCUCACUGAAGAAGUGAACACUGUACAUUUACAUAUUGCUAAUGCGUCUUCUUGGUUAGUGCCCAUUACAACUAUUCUACCAAUGAUCUUGAGUUUGUUUUGGGGAUCUUAUAGUGAUCGGUAUCAAAUACGUAAACCUUUUCUGUUACUACCCUUGUGUGGAGAAAUAUUGUCUACAAUGAGUUGCAUACUAUCAACGAUAUUCCUGCGGCAAUGGAAUUUGACGACCUUGUUGGCCUCAGCGUACUUUACAAGCACCUGCCUUGGAGGCCAAACACUUCUUGUUGUAGCAUUAUUUGCAUAUAUAGCUGAUGUCAGCUCUGUGGAAGAGCGUACAUUACGCAUUGGCGUGUGUCAAACGGCCCUGUCAAUUGCGCAGAUCUCGUCGAAUGCAUUGAGUGGAAUUCUAUUUCAACAUAUCGGAUACUAUGGGGUCUUUUGUACAUCCUUCUGUAGUUUGGUGCUGGGUCUUUUAUACGGGAUAUUUUACGUCAAAGACAACUUAAAAUCAAGAAAUGAAAAUAAAAAAUGUAUACUUGUGGAUCUGUUUGAUGCAACACUCAUUUUGGAAACUAUUCGUGUAAUACUGGUCAAAAAAGUUGGUAAUAAUCGAUUGUACAUUAUUUUGUUAAUGGCAAUUUUUUUCAUUUACAACGGAGUCUUUGCAGGAGAAGACGAAAUAUUCUUUUUUUAUUUGAACGCCAUGCUAGGAUUUGACGCAGUAAACUACAGCUAUGUCAUAACGUAUGCUAAUUUAUUAAAUUUAAAAGGCCUUAUUCUUGGAACGUACCUUUUUACAAAAGUGUUCAAGUUUACUGAUUACACGAUUAUCAUAAUUACAUUCAUCAACAAAAUUAUCGGCAAUAUUGUAAUGGCUGCUGCCGCCAAUAAAAUAAUGAUAUACAUUGGUGUUUAUAUUGAAUUGUUCAAUCGCGUAACAAUAAUUACAUUAAGAUCGCUAGCUACCAAAGUGGUUCGUCAAGAAGAUUUGGGAAAAGUACAGUCAUUUUUUGGAAUUUUUGAAAGUUUAGGUGGUGCUGUGUUUGUGCCAAUUUACAAUCAGCUUAUUUUCGCAAACACACAAACAAAUUUUCCUAGUGCUUUCAUGUACGGCGCGUUAUUAUUUUUCGGAAUUUGCAUUCUGAUUGUAUUUUUCAUGCGACUGAAAGAACGUCAAGUUUUAUCUGGAGGAACAAAUGACAUGAAUGAAAAUAAACAAGGGAUCGACAAUCCUGCUAUGAUUGUAGCUAAUACAGAAAUAAGCCAUAUGUAAAAAUGCAAUUAAGACAAAAACCGUGUUAAAUACGAAGAAACUGUUCCUUUACUACAAAAUAUAGUUAAUACUGCUCCCAUAACAAAAUAAUAAUCAAA